AUGGUCGAUGAUGCUGUGGCUGGCUCCCUGACGAUGGCAGUUCUCACCUUCCAGGGGGAGGGCAUUGAGCGAAUCUCCGAGGAGAUCUCCUUCGUGCGUCAGCAGACCCCGCCUUAUGGGCCGCCCGAGCAGCCGGGGAUGGCCGGCAGUCGGGAGAUCAACGAGCCGUUCCGCUACCACCUGCCCCAAGUGGCGCUCUUUUAUUCCAUGGCCUCAGCAGCGCUGGGGCUCUUUACGGUCAGCUUCUUCGCCAACUCCAUGCUGCUGGAGACCCAGGGCACACCCCGCGCCGUGGACAUCAAUAUGCUGAUCGCAGAGGGGGUGCAGAUCUACAUGUCCCGCACCUUUCCCGUGAUUGUCCUGAUCCUUGUGUCUGCCGGGGGCUACGUCUACGUCACCGCGGGCUGGGGCACGUUGACCUGCUUCUGCGCGGGGGCGCUGCUGAACCUCGUCUCCGCCUACGUGGGGGUCCGCACGGCCGUCCAGGGCACCUGCAGGUUGGCCACGGUGAUGGGGGAGAACUUGUCCAGGUCCGUGCAGAUGGGCAUGUACACGGGCUCCAUCGGGGGCUUGUUGUCCACCUCCCUGGCCUUGGGCGGCAUGGCGGGGAUGUGGUUCUGGGCGCUGGACUCCUCGCUGCUCUCGGGCUUCGGCUCGGGGGCCUGCAUCGUGUCCUUCUAUCUGCGCGUGGGGGGCGGCAUCUUUUCCAAGGGCGCUGACCUGGGCGGUGACCUGGUGGGGGAGAUGAACGAGUCGAAGGUGGACGAAGACCGGCGGGUUUUCUCGCUGCAGCAGCGGAUGGAGUCGAUCGCUAAGAACCGGAAGGAGCGUUUGCGCCAAGGCCUGGAAGAUGACGAAGAGGAGGCCCUGGAUCAGCUGAGGAUGCUGGAGGAGGAAAUGCACGACAUGUGCUCCGAUCUGCAUCCCAUCGACUUCUUGGAUGAGGUGGGCGAGGUCAUCUGCGAUCUCGUCGGUACCUGCGUUGACCUUUUUGAGUCCAUGGUGCUGAUUCUGAGCACCUCCGCCAUCAUCGGGGCGAAGAUCUCCUCAGUGCCCCACGUCCUGACGGGUUUGCCCUUUUGGAUCGUUGCCUCUGGGAACAUAGGCUGUGCGGUGGCAGCAUGCAGGGUGCACUGCACUGAGAGAUACAGCGCCAGAACUAUUCGGUGGUCGAUGCGUGCUAACUUGUUGGCUGUGAUCUUCUUCGUGCAGUUCGUGCAGGUGGGCGUGAGUUACCUGGAGUGGGUGCAUGGCAGCAUCACCUUCGCCAUGUUUUGGCACUUCGUGGUUAUCUCCGUGAUUGGCCAGCUCUUGCCAGAGUUCUGCGUCAUGGCCGGGGAGUACUUCACCUCCCCGGACUAUUGGCCCAUCCGAAACCUGGCGGCCAACUCGAAGCACGGCGUGGUGCAGGUCGUCUUGCAGGGCCUCGGCCAGGGAUUCCUCUCCACCGCCAGCCCUGCGCUGCUCCUGGUCCUGGCUGUGAUCGUCACCUGGGGGCUGGAGGGUCACUACGGCCUGGCCUUGCUGGCCUCUUCCUCGGUGAGCGGUACUGGCUUCCAGGGCAGCAUCGCUUCCUUCGGUGCGAUCGCCACGAAUGCGCACAAGCAAGUGCACCUCACCACCUACGACUCCCUCAGCAGAAACCGUGCCAACAUUUGCGCCACGAUCGGAGAUUCCGCGAUGCAGGCGGGCAACACGGUCUCGGCCAUCAACGCCUUCAGCGCGGUCUUCGGGGUGGCGCUGACGAUGCUCGCGGAGAUCUACACUGCCAGGACCUUGGACUACCAGGCUGUCUCCGGAUCUCCUCUCUCGGAAUGGAGUCAGGCUGGUUUGGUCUUUGGAGUGGUCAUGCCGUUCCUGUUCACGGGGAACACCACCAUCAGCUGCCUAGAAACGUCCAAGGCCUUCAUGCGGUUCUGCAAGGAAUCCAACACCGUGUCCAAGAUCACCGAUGUACCCUUCCCGCAGUCGCACAUCAAAGGACUUCGGAUUCUGUCGUCUUUUGGCACCAUCACUUCCAUGCGCUUGGUCUUCGGCCCCAUCAUCCACUCGAUGAUUUGUCCCCUGCUGGGUGGAUUCUUCCUGGGCACGCGCGGGCUGAUUUGGCUGCUUUCGGGCAUGAACGUGUUGGGCGUUUGCCUCAGCCUGUUCCUCAUCAACUCUGGCCAGUGCUGGGUGUCAGCGCGGAAGUAUGUGCUCUUCGGUCACCUCAAGGCGCUUCGCCGCGUUUCGCUGCCAGCAUCUGGUUUUGCCAUUCGGCCGCUGCACCACCCCUUUGAGUCUAUUUUAGUGGGGAUUGGGAUGUUCACUGGGGGUACGUGA